AUGUUAUCCGAUCUUAGCUUUGAGAGCCACUGCUAUAACAGGACUCCACACCAGCACACAGAGCCAACCCCGAAGGGAUCGGGCAGCAGGACAUCAUCUUUGGCUGCAGCACAGAAGACGCCGGGGCAGGACGCUAAGCCCUGGAGCCCCGCGGGCCGGCCACCCAGCUCGCCGGGAGUCCGCGGCCCUGGGUUUGCCUUCCGCCAGAGGCCGAGUUGGUGGGAUGUCGGCGGCCAGACCCCGGCCCUGAGCCAGGGGACCACUUACCGCCCGCCCCGCGACGGCCGCCCGGGGAGACACGCCGGCUCGCCCACGCCCGCUGCCCCCAAGAGUCGCAAAGGUGUGGCCGCCCCGUUCGCCCGUACCCACCGGUGGGAAGAAACUCACCUACCCAACCGACACCUAAAAUGCCAGAGACACGUAGCACUGGAGCUUGCUGAUGGAGGCCCACCGGAACCGGAAUCCGGGUUUCUGCCAACAGCCCGCCCACUCCUCCGUCCUAUUGGUUCCUUACGCGAAAUCUCAGUGCGCAAGCGCAGCGCGACGUGCGCCCGGCCACGCUUCCUGGAAGAGAUGCAUUGCGGGGCUCGCUAGUGGGGCGUUGGCCUGCCUUAGGAGUAUGAGUCUGGCGUCAUCCCUUUUUUCCCGGCUGGGUCCCGGGAUACCCCACCAGCCCGACCUCAACCCACUCGCGUCCACAGCACGAGCCCCAGCGGCCUUGCGCGGUGCUUGCUCUCUAGUAGCGGCUGACUAGGUCAGUCAGGAUCUUUGAUUUUGGAGCACAAGCCUUCUGCGUGCUACUGACUGGGUCCUGGCCUCCCUCCUUCCAUGGCAUCGUCGUGAAUGGGAAUUUCCACCACUGCCUCCAUUAGUCAGAAGAUUGAACAUGUUGUAACUGUAGAAAGUCCGUCAUCCUUGUGUAUGCACUUGCUGAAAGAUCCACUGAAGAGCAACCUUCAUGAACAUUACCAGGGGACUUGUGCUCCUAUAAAACGCACUGUUUUCCUCACUGCGAGGUGGGUCUCUCACCGCGAUGGACUAUCUGUGAUCACAGAGCACUUCUUCCCUGGGCCUUCCCUGUCACACUGAUGGCGUGAGUAUGUAGGGCAGGGGUGGGAGUGAACAUGUUAAUCUCUUUUGAAUAAACUGAUUUUGAAGUAGAUGUCUCAAAAAAAA